AACAUUACUUGAAUGCUGAUGCAUGAUGCCUUGGGUGUUGCUUACAAGUACACAUACUACAGAAGUCGCGCUAACAAAGAAUCAUGCAUUAAUCAUGGCCCACUCUGUAUUUUUCCGUCCUUUCCCCUGCGGACAGCGACUUUGAAGUAUCCGUGUUGUGCCAGCAUUAGUAUGCCUGUUAUGUUGUGUAAGUGUGCGAAGACUGUAGCGUAG